AUGUACGCCGCCCACCAGUGGGGCGACCGCGCCUGGGAGAAGGCGCCGAGCCCCGGCGCCUGGCAGCCGGCGACGCUGCCCCUGGCGCCGCCGGACCCCUACGCCUGGUGGGGCCCGCCCGUGCCCGUGGACCAGCGCUGGGGCGCCUGGGGCGCCGUGGACCGCGCCCUCGAGGGCUACCUCGCGCCGCCGGCGCAGGAAAUGGCGAACCCCGUCGCGGCCUACGGCAACCCGCCGCCGGCGUCGUACCGCGACGACGGCGCCGUCGCGAACCCGCUCCAGUGGGAGGAUCUCGCGGCGGGCCGCGCGGAGCGCUGGGCCCUCGACGCGGACCGCCACGCGCGCGACGCGCGGCUCCAGGCCGCGCGCCUCGGGCUCGGCGGUAGUGGCGGCGUCGGCGAUUUGGUGACGUCCGUCGCGACGCUCUCCGACACCGUGCGGCGCAUGGAGGAGCGCACGGCGCUGGCCCAGGAGCGCGACGCCGCGCGCCUGCGCGUGUCGACGCUCGAGCGGCUCUACGGGAAGCCCCCACCUUACGGCGACCUGAACGCGGCGGAGACCCGGGAGCUCUAUUUGAGCCUGCUGCCGCGCGUGCUCGCGGACCCGCUGCGGCCGCGGAACCCGCGGUCGUCGAGCCGCGCGGCGCGCAAGCGCCGCGAGUCGGCCGCGCGGCUCUACCGGGAGACCCGCAAGACGGGCGACCUCGAGGACCUGAAAUCGCGGGCCACGGCCGCCGCCGUCGCGCGCCGCGCGGCAAAGCGCUACGCGCGCGAGCGGUCGCUGCUGCCGCUGCGCUGCCUCGCGGAGGUCCUCGACGGGACGCGCGAGUACGCGCGGUCCGGCCGCUGGUUCCUCCCCUACGGCGCGACGACGGAGGAGCUCGUGGAGCGCUACGUCGACGCCGCCGUCGCGGCCGCGGCCUGGGAGGGUCUGCAAGGGCCCGACGACGUGUCGCGCGCGGCCUACGAGACCGUGCUCCGCAAGUCCUGCGAGACCAACGAGCUCCUCGACGCGCUGCUGAUCCAGUCGGCGGCCGGGAAGACCGCGGCCGCGGCGGACGACGACGGCGACCGCGCGGAGCAGUUCUGGACGCGGUCGCCGCUCCGGCCCGCGGUGCUCUUCAAGGCCGUCGGCAAGGCGGCGGACGACGGCGGCGCGCCGGCGGAGGGCGCCUUCGACGACACGGACGCCGUCUGGGACGCGUUCCUCCUCCGCUGCGUCGCGGGCGAGACCGCGGACGCGCCGGGCAAGGCGGGCUUGUUGGCCGCGGACCGCGCGGGCCUCCUGGUGGCGCCCAUCUCGCGCGCGCGCUGGUCCGCGCGCUGGGCGUCGCGCGCCGUGCGGCGGCGCUUCCGCGACGCCCACCACGACGCGCACCGCGACGGGCCCGCGGACGACGACGCGCCGGACUUUGGGCCCUUCGUCGGCGACCUCGCGAACUCGCGCUAG